UUUGUUGAAACUUGGCAGGUCUUUGAUUGGCUGUGAAACAUCUUCAAAGGACUGGAGCACAUUAUAUAGCCUGAACAGAACAGAAGUCUAAGCAGUCAGAAGACGAUGAGCAGAAAAAACAUCUCACUGACAGAAGACAACAUGUCCACACAAAGACAGACAUUCCUAAGGAAGGUUCCCACCUUCACAGUGACAGUGCUGCUUCUGCUGGCCACAACAGGAAAGUCUGAGGUGUUGAGUGACGCCACGCUGACCACUGUGUCGCCCUCUUUCUUAAAUUCGUCUCUGACCGCCCAGACAGUCAACAGCACCACAGACCAAAGUAAAGUCCAGCAUUCAGUUAGGCCAUGUGGAGCUGAAAAUCAAAAAUACUGUUUAAACGAUGGCAAGUGCAUCUACCCCCAAGACAGCCUCAAACCUUCCUGCAUCUGCAUGCCUUCGCACAGCGGGCCACGCUGCGAGAUCUUCAUCUUCACCGAUUUGACUUACCGACCAUUGACCAUGGACAAGAUCAUUCCCAUCUUCUUUGGGUGCGUCAUGAUCUCCAUCAUUCUGGGUCUUGUCGUCUGCUGCUUUAUCAAAAGGAGAUGCAUAAAAUCAGCACCUCUGAUAAAAGCCGCUGCAUCAGAGACUUCGGUGUGACAUCAACUCCUC